GUCUGCAGCGCGCUCUCGGAGCUGCGAGCGUGCGCGAGCGGAGAAUAACUGCACUUCAACCAACAGCGGCGGUCAAGUUCAUCCCACCGUGACACCCGAGACAGAACAACGAACACGCGAGUGAGAUGUAAAUAAUUAAAUAUAAAUGCGAAUUGUGUGAAAUAACUCGGGUCCGUUAUUUCAAAACCGAGCGAGGAAAAGACGCUCGACUGGCCCCCGGCGCGCGCGCUCGGCUUCUGAGGUACUUCUCGGUUCUGAGGGGGAAUAAAAAGGCGAUUUUUGAGGGUUUCAAGACCUCGCCGAGGUGGAGUUCUGUCAGGAAAACGCAAACUGGUUCGAGUUACGUCGAAAUGUGGACUGUUUUUGAGAAAAUAUGAUAUUUUAAUAUUUCGAACUAAUUGUCUAAUUUCAACUAGACUCGCUUCGGUUCGAAUACACCGCGCAUGCGCGUCUUUCUAACGGAUUUAACGGAUUUCGACUCAACUUUGUGAACGCUGGCAGGGGUCUGGUCUGGAGAACGAAGUCCUGUUCAUUUAUCCACAUUCUUUACUAAUAUAAACCAUUUCUCCAUCUCUUACAGGAAAACGAGCCGUUGUUUUAUUCAUGCGGAUUAGCCAGGCUGUAUAUAUGCGAUGAAAUAUGAGAAAUAUGAGGUUUUGGUUUGAUUGAAUGCACUGUGGCGUCUGUGUUCCGUGCUGAAACCCGGAGACGGAUACCUGUUAACUUUCAUCCUUGCGUUAUGGACGCGAAAGGCUUCGGUCAAGUUCCUCAGAGUCCUGCUCUGUCAAUUUGGGAAUCGGUAACCCGACUGUGAAAGGAGUCGGAAUAUCUCGGGAGGCGAUCCUUGUUCGUUAAUGCGGAGCGGAUUUAUUGGGGGAACGACGAUGUCAUUUGCAAGAGUCUGCAUGGGAUCUCUGCUGCUGUGGAUGAUCGUCUCCAACGUUGCAGGUAACGUUUCCCCUACCAGCUACGAUGUCCUGCUCAAUGCUCCUGCUGCUACCGCCACUUCCACCCCUCCAGACCUGUACCUUCCUGCCAGCUUUAAACUCUCCAACGCUCAACUAGCCUUCUUUCUGGAGGAAAGUCGAGCUCCGUCACGGGGCACCCCGGGCGGACACCCUCUUCACCGAUCUGAGAGCUUUGUGGUCUUUCAGACUAAGGAAUUACCCUCGGUCAACAUUUCUCUGGGUCCGUUCACCCAGGACCAGACACUUUCCAAAGAUCUCUUGCAGCCCUCGAGUCCCCUGGACAUCCCGGGUAGGCUGACGGUCAACUGGAAAGUACGUGCUUUCAUCGUACAGUCCAAGGUGUUCGCGAGCAACCCGCUCGUCCAGGUGCUCUUUUACAUCGCGGGUCGGGACUGGGAUGACUUCAAGGUCCAGGACAAGCUCCCCUGCGUGAGGCUGCACGCCUUCCGGGAUGUCCGGGAGAUCAAGACGUCCUGCAGGCUGCAUGGCAACCUGGCGCAGUGCUUGGCCCAGCUGGACCUCCCGUCCACGUGGUUCAACCUCAACGUGGCGCCGCUGGGCCGCAGGAAGUCCUCCGCGACGGACGUCCUGGAGAUGACCGGGGAGACCCGCCAGGCGGAGCUUUACUACACCCUUCACGAUCCGGACAGCAAAGGGGAGUGCGGGGAGAGCAACCCCAGGCGAGGAGGAGGAUCCAGGGGGGAAAGCUCGUCCCAGCAGCCUCUGCUUCGGAUCGGGAGUAUCAGCCUGUACCAGCCUAGUCAAGAGCAACUAGUAGUGGAUAAAGAGUUGGACAAGAACCUCUUCCUAAGGCUGCCAGAGAAACCGCUGAAGCCUGGCGAGACUCUCAACAUCUACCUGUACUUGGUGCCAAACUCCACAGUGGAACAGUUCACACUCAAGGUGAAAGCUAAAAAAGGAGUGAAUCUGCUCAGCACCAAGUCAAAGAGCGCUCAGUGGAAGGUGGAAUGGGAAGUGCAGUCCGGAGCCAAGCACUCCAUCGCCACGGUGGAAGUCAGCAAAAUCAAAGAGGUUCCUGGAGAAGCUGCCGCCAACAUUGAAGUCAUGCAGCUGGAUUUUGAAAUGGAGAACUUCACCAGCCAGUCGGUGACCAGGAGGAUCAAUUGGAACAUCGAUUACCAGGGCCAGAAUCCGCCUCCAGACUCCGACAAGGUGGUGACGGAGCUGACCGUGGUGCAGAAGGAUAUUCAGGCUAUCGUACCUCUGUCCAUGGACACCGAGAUCAUCAAUACGGCCGUUCUGACUGGCCGGACCGUGGCCAUCCCGGUCAAAGUCGUCUCCAUAGAGCUCAGCGGGACGGUCAACGAUGUCUCCUCGUUCGUGGAAUGCAAGUCGUCCAACGAGGACAUCGUCAAGGUGUCCAUGAACUGCGAUUACGUCUUCGUGAACGGGAAGGAGACGCGAGGCUCCAUGAACGCACGCGUGAUCUUCAGUUACGAGCACCUGAGCGCCCCUCUGGAGCUGACCGUGUGGGUGCCCAAACUGCCCCUGCGCCUCCAGCUCUCCGACAACCGGCUCGGAUUCGUCAAGGGUUGGAGGGUCCCUAUCCUGCCUGACCGCAGGUCGGCACGCGACAGCGAGGACGACGACGAGGACGAGAAAAAGGUCAGCCGAGGCUGCACCCUUCAGUACCAGCGGGCCCAGGUCAAGGUCCUGACCCAGUUCCACACCACGUCCAGCGAAGGAACCAACCAGGUGAUCACCAUGCUGGGACCCGACUGGCAGGUGGACGUCACAGAUUUGGUGCAGGACUCCCUGAAGGUGGCGGACCCACAAGUGGCCGAGCUGGUGGACCAUACCGUGCUGGUGGCGCUGGAGCAGGGAUCCACCGUGCUGAAGGUCGAGUCCCCAUUGGCAGUGGAGGCCAUGUUGGGUGAAGUGGCGUUCUCUGUCCUGGAUGAAAAAGUGUCCAUAGUGGACCUCCGAGUCCACGCUAUUUCGGGACUCAGCCUGAGUCUCCAGCCGAGUCCGGGGAACAGCCACACCAUGGUGGCGAAAGCAACGGGUCUACAGACGCUCUCCACUAUCAAACAGGAAGCCAGUCUCUCUGUCUGGAUGUACUUUAGCGACAACACGGCUGCCCCUCUCAGCGUAUACGACCCCAAGGACUACAAUCUCAACGCCUCUGCUAUGGACGACAAGGUGGUGUCUGUUUCCCAGGAGCCUCAGCAAAGAUGGCCAGUCAUCAUCGCAGAAGGAGAGGGGUCUGGCGAGCUCGUGCGAGUGGAAAUGACCAUCUGCGAAGCCUGCCAGAAGACCAAGAGAAAGAGUGUCAUCGCCUCCUCUCCGGUUCACGUCAAGGUGCGCUUCGGGCUGGACGAAGACUCCGAAGAGGAAGCGGAAGUGGAGAUGGAGGCUGAGCCUAAAGUGCCAUUUAAUACAAGGAAGCCUUUCCUCGAUCCUAACAUGGGCGGUGCUGGUUAUGAGCCAUCUAAUGAGCAGCCAGCAAGUGUACCCAUCGACUACACCAACUUCCCAACCAUUAGCAACCAGGAUCGGCCAACUGACGAGCAAGAGGAGGAGGAAGACGACUUCGUCCACUCACCUCGCAGUAUGACCGACCUGGAGAUAGGCAUGUACGCUCUUCUUGGUGUUUUCUGCCUGGCCAUCCUGGUCUUCCUGAUCAACUGCAUUGUGUUCGUCCUAAAGUACCGCCACAAACGGAUUCCACCCGAAGGCCAGGCCAAUAUGGACCACUCCCACCACUGGGUGUUUCUAGGAAACGGUCAACCCUUGCAAGCCCAGAGCGACCUGUCUCCCCAGACAGCGGAAAGUCCGAGCAUCCCCUUGGAGGGGCCGCAGACUUGUUGUCACGGCGAUCACCACAGCAGCGGCAGCUCCCAGACCAGCGUCCAAAGCCAAGUCCACGGAAGAGGCGAUGGCAGCUCGGGCGGCUCCAACAAGGACCACAACGAGGAUGCCAGCUCGCCCACAUCCAAGCGUAAACGGGUCAAAUUCACCACCUUCACCACGUUACCCGCGGACGAGCUGCUCUACAACUCCAUCCCCGUCGCAGAUGACGACGACAUCCAGUGGGUGUGUCAGGAUAUGGGCUUCCAGGACCCGGAAGAACUGCACGACUACAUGCGCAGGAUAAAAGAAAUAGCCUAAUCACGGCUAGGUUUCUUAAACGA